UUUUGCCAUUAAAAAUCCUCGCUCUUCAAAAUUCAAUUUUCAACAUAUCUUCAAAUUACGCUAAUCUCUACAAGAAAUGCUGGUCUACUGAUCCGAACCGGCGUCCAAUACUGAGUGAUAUAUUAAGGAAGCUCAAGAAAUUAUUAGUUGAAAUAACCAUUGAGUUUAUUACAAAUGAAGUCAAUCAACAACCGCUUGAAUAUCCUGAUAAAGAUAAUAAUUUAAAUGAAUAUGAUGAGCAUUGCAUCGAAUGUGAGAAUGCCCUGACGAGUGGUUUGGUCCUUAAUAAUAUACUGCUAAAUGAAAGUUCCUUUAGUGUUCCUAAAUUAAUGUCUCAAAGUCCCGAUGAUCUCAG